GAUUAUAUGCAUAGCGUUUGUAUUCUUUGCGCUCAUAGAGUAUGCCAUCGCUAUUGCCUAUUGUGAGGCCUUUUACCGACUCAUCACUACCAACGAUGACAACCAUCACAACCAUGUAUUACAUCCCCAAACCAAAUAACAUAGAAAUACAGUCGGCUUUUGAGCCGAAAAGUGGCGGCGAAUCGAAGCGACACAAGAAAGCGAAAUGGAUUCACCACAUGAUCGACACGUCCAGCGGUAGUCACAUCAAGUUGACCAACAUCUUGGACACCGACCCCCACCACAUGCCCGCCAACACCAUUGACAUCAUCUCCCGAUACCUCUUUCCCAUCGCUUUUAUUGUUUGCGUAUUUUUCUACAUAUUAUAUCUCUAUGUCCUCUAA